UAUAUAUAUAUAUAUAUAUAUAAAUAAUUAUAAUAUAUAUAUAUAUAAUAUAAUAAUUAUAAGAAAGAUAAGAGAGAUCAAACUAUGGAACGUGUUAGUGGGUUCCAUGGCUACCACAAGCAUGCAAAGUCUACCUCCUCAGACUUAGGCUUAGUGGUAACAAAUAACACCAAUGAAGAAAAUGGCAUCGGCGCCGGCACCGACAACAACGGUGCCGGAGCUUUCACCGGAGGCGGAGGAGGUCAUGAACGCGUACAAAACACGUGCGUAAUACGCGAGCAAGAUCAGUACAUGCCGAUCGCGAACGUGAUCAGAAUCAUGCGUCGGAUUCUUCCGUCGCACGCAAAGAUCUCCGACGACGCGAAGGAGACGAUCCAAGAGUGCGUGUCGGAGUACAUAAGCUUCAUCACCGGCGAAGCCAACGACCGGUGUCAGCGCGAGCAGCGGAAGACGGUGACCGCCGAGGAUGUGCUUUGGGCUAUGGCAAAAUUAGGGUUUGAUGAUUACGUUGAGCCUCUCACGCUCUUUCUCACGCGCCACCGCGAGUCGGAAACUGAUAGGUCAUCUUCUUCUCUCCGCCCUGAACCGGCGUAUGUGAAAAGAAACUCUUCAGCUAAUAUGGAUCAUUAUGGGCCUAGUCAUCAUCUUCAUGUUGGGCCUUAUGGGCCUGGUGGGCCUGGGUAUCAGUUGGGCCCUUAUCCACCAGCUAUGUUUGAGAACUCGAUUCAUGGGUAUUUUAGAGACGGGUCGGGUCAUACUGGACCCGGGUCCGGAGCUGGGUCUUCUGGUGGUGGUGGAUAUGAUCCUUUUGGUCAGUAUAAAUGAAAAACCAAAGAAGGGGAGGGAGGGUAUUAUUGGAAUUUGAUAUAUAUAUAUAUAUAAACUGAGAAAGUUAAUUAAUCAUAAUUUGAUUAGUUAAUUAACUGGGUUAAUCAUGAUUAUUGGUGUUUUAUUUAUGUUUUGUUUGUUUGUUUUUUAGUUUUAUUUUCUUGCUUGUAAGUUUAAUUUGUGAGUUUUCUCAGAAGUUGAGAGAAAAUUCUUGUUGUUUUUAUGGGGUAAUUUGUGUUCAGAUUUGAUUUCUUGUGUAUUUAUUUUGGAUUAUUAAUAUAAGGAUGCAAAAGUAAUUUAAUUUUAUUUUAAAA